UCGGGCGAUUUCGAAGCAGUGGAGGAUCCAGAAAUCGCGGAGCCAAUCGAAAGGCAGUGGGCCAGGUGGCUCGCGAUUGGCUUGGCACCUGCGCGGUGGAUCAAGAUGGCGGCGCGCAGAAAGGACGAGCCGGCCAGGCAGAGGUACCAGGCGAACGCGCGCGAGCGGGAUCGCACGCAUAGCGUGAACACGGCAUUUAGUGCCUUGAGAACUUUAAUACCGACGGAACCGGCCGAUCGGAAGUUGUCGAAAAUAGAAACCCUGCGAUUAGCUAGCAGCUAUAUCAGCCACCUUGGGUCAGUUCUCGUCGCCGGGACCAUGGAUUUGCAACCUUGUUUUCGAUCGGAUGAGAGCGAUCGCAGCUUCUCGCCGGACCGAUCGAAAGACCCACAACGGAGACCUCGAGUGUGCACCUUCUGUCUCGCUAUGCAUAGGAAAUAUAAUCUAAGCGUUUCGUCGCAAGUCAUUACCAGUUAUAAAAACCAAGAUGGACCCGUGUACAUUGUUCCAACGAGUGCAGUGUCCUGUGUCGACCCAAAUUGUAUUUAAAAUAAGUUAUUAGUUUAAUGAAA